GCCAAACUAUGGCUGACAGCAGCCUAUUGUGUGUGUGUGUGUGUGUGUGUGUGUGUGUGUCUGGUUUGGGGUUUUUUGUUUGUUUUUUCCCUAUCCAGAUAUGCUUUUACUGCACUGGUAGUGUGUUUGGGAUCAUUGUUAUUCUGAAAAAUGACACUGUUGCCAGUCAGGUGCUUUCCACAUGUUAUUUCAGCAUCGAUCAAAAUUUUCCAUUAACUUUUUCCAAUAUCUCCAACACCACCGGUUGAAAUGCAGCACCACGCAAUGACAGCACCACCAUGUUUUACAGAUGGCUGUAGAUACUUACUGUCUUUGCUGAGUCAUUUAUGUGUACCACUGGACCCAACACUGGUUCAUCCCUUCAGUUAGGUACCUGACUGAAAGUAAGUGGAAAAAGCAGCUAACCCCCAAAGGAAAACUUUGAGAGAGCAUCUGGAAGCACGGAGAACUACUGAUCAAGACCACUUAAAAAAAUUCCAAGGAAGUCUGGCUCCUUGGAAGUAAAAUAAAAAGAAGUGAGGGUGAGCUACACAGUGCUGUAACUGUUUGUUUGUGCAAAUGAAAGCUGUCUUGUGAUUUUGUGUGAAUGAAGUAGAAUUGGACGUGACAUGAAAGAAACAACACGAACUUGUGACAUUUUGCAUUUUAUUUGUAAGGCUCCAAAUUACACCAUGGAGGGUUGCAUAAGAAUGCACCCUCUUCUCUCAUCUGCCUAGGGCCUAAAUAUAUAUAUGUAUAGAUACACACACACAUAUAUAUAUAUCAGAUGUGUGCUUCUUAGUUAUUUAUGUUUGUGUUUGUUUUUAGUGCUGUAUCCAUGUUUCAGCAAGAUUGGAUCCAAGUCAGGGUUGAGUCUACACUCAGGUCUAUUUGUGGAACCGCCAGAUGGUAAUCUAUAUUGCUUCUAGGAUCCACUGUGUCACUCAAGUACACUCCAAAUAGUGAGUGUAGCGAUGAAAUAAUAAAUAAGAAUGUGUGAUAAACUAAGCGACAAAAUUAAGCUUGCCUGUGUGGGCGCUUGCAUGGGGUCAAGUACAACUUUUACUUGUGUGCAUGGCCUCCUGGCAUGUUCUGGGAUAGGGUUACUGUUUAAACAGAGCCACUCUUACAAAUGUCUUCCAAGAAUCACUCCAGCAGAUGCUCCAGAGAGUUCCCUCAUGUCACCAAUAUGUCUACUUUUUAUGUUCUUUAGUGGCAUAGCUUGCUGUAUGAAUGUAACAGCUCCGUGUGUGAAUAAGUCGGAUAAACACACUUCAACUUUUUGCAGCAACGUACAUUAACAGGAUAAGAAACUUCAAUUUUUUUCAAGAAAUUUCGAGAGUUGCGUUGCCAUAGCAGCCAGCCACAACAGACAGCGCGCGGAGAGAACCCGUUCGACCCCCAUGAUGAACCAGCCAGUUCGAGGGACGGAUUCGUACCACGUGGUCUGCCGUCAGCGCGUCUUUGCUUUUAAAAAUCAGGUUGCCUGUCAUCGCCUCCAUAGUAACGAUACCGAGGCUGAGCGGGGGGGCUCCGGACACCUGUGGCGGAUUUUUUUCUAGAAAACCUUUACCGCUUCGAAAACACCUGAAAAUGUUCAACAGCAGUCUCAGGGAGUUUGAUGAAGAUCCGUUCGUCUCGGAUCCUUUCCGUGCACAUAGGGAGCAUAUGCGGCAGAUGAUGCGUAGCUUCUCCGAGCCUUUCGGUGGGGCCCUUAUGCCAAGUCUAAUGGAUGGGAGAAACCGUGGCCACGAGAUGAUAGAACAUCCUAGUUCAUCCCAUCCACUGAGAAACGAACACAGGGAUAUGAGCCGGUCGUUGUUGCCGUUUGGUGGGAUUGACAGUACGGACUUGAUGAGAAACCCUUUCGGUGUGUUUGACAACAUGAUGGCCAGCAUGAGAAGCAGGAUGGAGGGAAUGCACAGAAACCUUGAGAAUAUGUCUGCAGAUUCAAACACCCACUCAUUUAGCUCCUCAUCAGUAAUGACAUAUUCAAAGGUUGGAAAUGAGCCUCCCAAGGUCUACCAAGCAACCUCGUCAACACGCUGUGCCCCAGGAGGGAUCAAGGAGACCCGGCAAGCAAUCAGAGACUCUGAGAGCGGUCUUGAGAAGAUGAAAAUCGGACACCACAUCCAGGACCGGGGGCAUGUUGUUGAGAAGAAAUACAACAAGAAAACAGGAGAGAAGGAGUUCAACCAGGACUUCCAAAAUAUGGAUGAAUCUGAAGCACAGUCUUUUGAUGAUGAGUGGCAGCAGGAGGUGUCCAAGUUUCAGCAACCCGGGCCCAUGUCUCGCUUGAACGAACCACAACCCCGUGUUGUUCACCAGGCAGCCCUCACCGGCCCUGAGCAGGCCCACAGAGACCAACCAAGGAGCAAGGCUAAAGGAAAACAGAAAAAGUAAGAGCUCAGGGACGAUGAAGCAGUGUGCAAUAAAGUUGUUGUUUUUUUAAAACAGCAUACAGUACAAACUGGUGCCCUUCUUAUCCAUAAACAGAGUCAAACCACUGACCUUGAUUUUAAAAGGUCAAGCUCUGUCUGGUUUUUCAAUAUUUUGGCUCAGUUACUUACAUUUCACACUACUGCUGCACAUUUUCAGAAACAUGCCGCACAACUAUGAGAAUGCUAAAACCUUUUCAGCACUUAGUUUGAAUCGGUGCACUAUUUACUACACAUAAAUGGUAAGGCGUUUGGCACUACACGAGACAAAAGAAUUAAUAAACACUAGAAAAUGUUUAUAUCUCUGGGGUAUUAAUGAUAUAGAAAUGUAAUGCAUUGAAAUUGCAAAAGCAGUUAUAGUGUACUUUGAAUAUGCUUGGUUUCAUUAUAUUUUUUUUCCUUGUGGAUGUAGUGAUGUCAUCAUAUAGAGGUAACACAUUCAAUACGCAGUUGAUUUCAUCAGUUUCUCUUAUUGUCUUUUUUAAUAUUGUCAUGCAGCCAGACCGGAGAGAACAUAGUGAAUUACUGAGCUGUGUGGAAUGCGCUAAUGCACUUAGAUCAUACCUGUUUUGUCUGUGAUUAUGUUGUCUUGUACCUGAUGCGAUAGAUGUACUUUAUCUGCUGUAAUCUAUGUAAAAAGAACUAUUACCCAUCUCUUUUUAUAUUAUUAAUUUGGUGUUGUCUCGCUUUUCAUGUGAUGAACUCCGUUCUGCAUUGCACAAACUGUCGACGUGUGAAUUUUUCUCAGUGAUUUGUGUAUUUUUACGAGCUUUAACAGUGAAGAAAAUGUAUCAACUGAAAAUAAAAAUGAUAAGACUAA